AUGCUCGUUCGCAACGCCAACCCGCCCAUGCCUGCUGGAAAGGUGGACCCGUGCAUGUUUGAUCCGAAAACGAGCCCCGCGUGCGAUCCCUUCUGGGAGGACGUGGCCGUCAAGUACUCGCCGCAGUACAAGUUCCACCCCGAAGAAACCAUCUGGCCGAUCACAAUCGACGAGUACCUCACACAUGUGACAGAGUCCAUCGGUCAGUACACUGAGAACUACAAGACGAAAGAGAUUCAGUACCAGGCGGGCCCGAUCACUCCCGACAACCUCGAUACCUUGCUGGGGGAUGGGGUGUUGAAGACCGACCGUGGCCGAACUGUCCUGCUCAGUUCGCGCGAAGAGAUUACCAAGGAUACGGACUGGGUGAAGGACUCGGCGCACAACCCAUCAAAAGGAGGCACGAAGGUGUACACGAUCAUCUAUAAUCCGAAGCCGGACGACGCUGACUCGUUUGUGGAGAUUCAGUAUUGGAUGCUCUACCCCUAUAACUACGCCUCCAUCCUCCGCGAGUACAACCACAUCACGGAUCUGGUGGCGAUUGCGAUCCGCUUCUCAAAGACCGGCCAGCCGCAGCGCAUUUGGUACGCGCAGCACGGCGACGGCCCCGUGUGGGCGUGGGACACUGGGGCUGACUGGAAUGACAAAAAGUCAAAGAACUUCGCUACAGUGCUGGGAACGCAUCCCAUUGUGUAUGUCGCGAAGGGGAAUCAUGAGCAUUACCCGAGCGCUGCAGGAAGGAGCGGUGCAGAGGGUGGCAGCAGUGGGAGGAGGCGGCGUGGCAUUGAGAUAGAAGGAGGGUGGGAGCAGGCGCAGGGGUACAUGGAGAGCAUGGACAGUGGAGGAGGGGUGAUAGGGACGGAGAAGAUGAAGGCAGGGGAGGUGUGA